AAGUAAUGAUUUUUUUAUCUCGUAAUAUAUCUAUGCAAAUUUAUAAAAUUACAGGAAAAUUGAAGGAGAAAGCGUUAUACUAUUAUUUGUACCCUAAAUAUUUUGACGGUACCGUCCAAAUAUAUAAAAUAUACCAGAAGCGAGUUCUGACACACAUGCAACUGCGAAAUUAUCGGCCAUGCUUAUUAUUCUUCGUGAACAUGCAACUCCUCUCAAUUAUUGGCGAACCAAUAAGCGUCUGCAGUGAGUUCACGAGAAAUGUAGAAAAGCGUAGUAUGGCAUUAAUCGAAAAAUCGACUUCAUUCGAUAGAAGAGAGUAUUCGUUUGACUUCAGAGAUCAACUGAAAAGUUUCGCGUUUCAUAAUCCGCGUCAAAGUUGCUUAUCAACGAGGACUUUUGAUUUUGUAAAAAAGGAAACGAUGCCCGCGGGUAUGGAGCGGCUUAAUCGCUGCGGUCGCCUGAUCGAGAGAGUACAAAAGGAUUUCCUGAAAUAUUAUCUGAAGAAAUGCCCGACCCUAUUCCACAUCUGCUACGAUCCGAUCGGCACCCAUCGGAAAGCCAGGGCCUUCAUCGGAUUUCUCUUUGGAUUUGUCGCAGGUGUCCUGUUGUACGAGGGCAUAAUCGUCGAUCUACAAUUUGACACGUAUACCAGUAUCUUUCUGGGAGCCUUCCUCGUCGCGAUGCUAUCGAUAGGAUGCGCAUCAUCGAUACAGAUAAGAUGUAUCUGUCUUUUGACAAUACCGACCUUUUUCGGCCGAGCUGGACGCAUUGUUUUAAGGGCUCUCAUUCUGGGAUACUUAAUUGCGGGGCCAGUAUUCAAUGUAACGUACAAUGGGAAAGAGGUGGUGAGAACUUUCGCCUGCACAACGCAGUUGACGUACAAUCUCACUAAGACGCGCUUUGAUCUCAUGUUUAAGCCUUUCCAGCAGGCGAUGCUCGGCAUGAAAGCGGAUGCGAAUGAGCUGAAGGAUACUUUAUCCUCGGUGAGAGAUUUGAUGGGCCCGAUAGUCGAGGAAAUCGAGGGCGAGGAGGAGAUGAGGAGACUGAAAGAGGAGAACGACUAUUUGGAUGAGCUCCAGGACGAUACGAGAAGAAGCGACGAGAUCGAAGAGAAACAUGAGAAAGAGAUCGCGACCGCGAAGUCCGAGGCGGAUGUUUAUGAGGCGAAGUACAAGAAAAAGAUCGAAGCUCGUUGCGAGGAGCAGCUUACCCACGGUGCCGAACGAUGCAGAGAUAUGUUCGGUGGCGCUUACAACAAAUGUUACGAUAAGGUGACGGUGUUCGCCGCCUGGCUACUGUGCUGGCCGAUGAAACUCACAUUCGUAUGUAAUCUGGUACAGGCCCUCGGUGGUUCCAACAUCUGCGACCCCGAAGGAAAAGUGGACCCUGGCAUCGGCGAGGGUUAUGUCGCUUUAAAAAAAGCGAGGGAUACGUUUGGCAAAAGUUUCAAGGACGCGAAACUGCAAUAUAAGAUAAAGAAGAUGCCGGUGAUUCUAGACUUGCACGAUGCCACAGAUGCUGCCAAGGCUGUAAUGCACGAAUUCAACGCACGUAGAAAAGUCUUUGAGUCAGUGAUGAUGAUUAUCAAAAGAUGCCUAUCCUUUAUUUUCUUGAGAAUUAUUCUAAAUGCUCAAGAGUAUCACGACAAAUAUCUGACCGAGAUCGAACAUGAUAACAUAUAUGUUACUUCGUACUUUCGAAAAAUCGAUGCGAGACGAAAAGCUCGUAGCAGUCUGACUCUGUUACCCUUGAAGAAAAUUGAGAGAUCAAGUUUCGUGAAUCCAUAUAGUCUGCGCCCGAGCAAAAUCGAGCAAGUUCAUCUGACCGGUCAAACGGUGAAGUUGAUCCUUGAAAUAAUUAGUAUAACGACAUUUAUACUACUCGACAGACUUUUUUUCGAGGCACUCGAUUUGGUUCGAAGACAUGCUUAUAUGGAAUAUACUCAGGUUGGUCAUCACGACUUGACCUUGGAAGUUCGCGGAAUCGGAGUGAUAGCCUCUCUGAUACGUAGUGUCAUUCGUGGAUUCAACGUAAAGAGGCGAGUGAGAAAUGUGGUAACCAACAGCGCAUGUUUACCGAGAGCCAGCAAAGUACCGAAUUACAUGAUUUUCAAGAUUUAUUCGAUCUAUCUGGCUAUCUGGACGUUGCUGUUUACGACUGCUUAUACCCAGCGUCUACGACGCGUGAUCUGCUCCUUCUUCUACAGAAAGCGUGAGAAGAGGCGUGUAUUGUAUCUCUACAACGAGAGCCUCAGACGCAGACUCGGACAUGCCAGGUUCAUGCGGGCUAGGGUCAAGAGUCUGGUCAGAACUCGGCGAUUGGAAUACGACAUGGAUCCGUGGAUCGCCCUGAGACUGCGCUGGCCGACGCUCUGCGGUUGGCUGGUGAUCUUCGCCUGGGCGCGACACAAAUGCCUCGUUUGUGGUGAAGUAGAGCCGAAAAGAGGCCCACGAUUCCUUAGAUGCGCAACACCCGGAUGUCCCUUCGUACACUGUUCAGAGUGCUGGGACGACGUCGGCAGGAUUUGCUAUGCCUGCGCGGAUAUCGGCGAGACGGACGACGACACAGACGAAUUUGAUACUUUCGCAAUAAAAUAGAAAAAGGACAGACAAUCUCGUAGAUAUUCUGCCCAAUACACGACUUAUAAUAUUAUGAACAUUAUGAAAUAUUGGCAUUGUUAAAUCGUAUUUAUAUAGCGUAUUUGUGUACACUUCGUAAAAGAAGUCACAAGAAAAUAUGGAGCACAAGUUCAAAAUUUUAUAAUUAUUUACAAUUUCUAAAAAUUGGAAU